AUGAAGAGUGCUCCUCCUCAUCCCUUUCUUCUGCUUUGGUGCAACGCUAUAAAUUUGGGCUACCCGGUUGGCCACUCCCUUUUCUUCAAUUCCCCUGUGGGAGAGGAGGAGUCCGUGAAAGACCAAAGUUCUCUGGCAGAAGUUUUCAGUGACGCCCUGGAAAUAUCCCAAGAUGUGACUUUGACAGGGCUUGAAGCCUCAGAGGAGGCAGACGGCAGAGAGGAGCCAGAACAUGGGGAAGGACAGAAUGACGGACAGAAGGCCGGUCCAUCUUCAGCUGACUCUGCUGAUCCUGAGUCAAAGUGGGUCGUGGGAGCUCAGUGUCGGGCAGUGUGGUCUGUAGAUGGGAAGGAGUAUCCAGCAACUGUGGUGUCUGUGGAUGGCAACAACUGCAGAGUUCAUUUCACUGGCUAUGGCAAUGAGGAGGACAUGGAACUGAGUGCGCUUCAGAGUCCUAAUGCUGCACCACAAAUGGAGAACUCACAUGCUCAGGACUGGAGGCCUGGUUCUCGAUGUCGGGCGGUGUAUUCAGAGGAUGGUUUGUUUUAUCCUGCUGUGGUUCUGUGGGUAAAAGGUCAGCGCUGCCGCAUUCGCUUUGAUGACUACAACAAUGAGGAGGAGCAAGAUGUUAACUGCCUGCUGAGUCCCGAUGAGCUCUAUGGACCCAGCAGAGCCGCCACAAUCAAGGCCAGCAACUGGAGGUCCAAUUUAACAAGCAGGCGGAGAAGUCGGGAGAACCAAGGAGAACGAGGAGCAGAGAGGAGGUCUGCAGGGAAAGAUGAUCAGAACUACUCCAGAGAUAAGGAGAGACCUGGUGAUCAGCGCAAAGUGGAGAAAGAAGCUGAGGAGAAGAAAGAAAGCCAGCAGACAGUAGGAGCAGAAAAGACAACCAGUCACAGCUUCCCUCCUUUUCCUCCUCCUCCUCAUUCUGCCUCAGAGGAUCGCUUGUCCUUCCUGACUCCACCCCCUUUUCCUCCUCCUCCUCCCUCGUGGAUGUUUGGUGGGAAAGAGUCUGAUGGCUCUCCUGGCACUGAUUCCACAUCCAGCAUGUUGAUGUUGUGGUACAUGUGUGGCUUCCACACGGGCAGCUUCAUGGCUCAGCAGAUGUUCAAGCCGACCUCCAGAGACUGAGAGUCGAGAGAAUCAAGGGACAAGAUGCAGUUGGGAUGUUCACCUUUCAUUCACAGCUCACGUUCAUUUGUAUUCUGAUUAUUGUUUGUAUUUCUGCAAGUAUUUUAUUUGUUCUUAGUUGAAUGUUGUCAUGGAAACGGUGCAUGUAGUGGAAUUUUUGUUGUUGUUUAUUUUUUUUGAAGCGAAUAUGAAGUGUUUGUUUCAAAGUUGCAGCUGUUGACAAAUUAAAUCAGAUUAUUUGUUAUUAAAAAGAAAGCUGGAUUACC